GUCGUCAAGGCGACUGAGAGGAAAAAGAGAAGGGGUUUUGGGCCUGGCCGGCGAACCGAGGCUGCGGGCGGUUUGGCGGUUCCGCGGGGCGGUGUCCGGAGUGCUGCGGGACCCGGGACCCCGGGGUUCACGCCACAACUCCAGGAGGUGCCUGAGCCAGCGCGCCGGCGAGGAGUAGUGGCUAGUGGGACCCCGCGGGCCGGGACCAUGGGCUGCUUCUUCUCCAAGACGCGGAAGGCUGAGAAGGAGUCGCAGCCGGAGGGCGAGGAGGAGCGGCCGAAGCAGUACAGCUGGGACCAGCGCGAGAAGGUUGAUCCGAAAGACUACAUGUUCAGUGGACUGAAGGAUGAAACAGUAGGUCGCUUACCUGGGAAAGUGGCAGGACAACAGUUUCUCAUUCAAGACUGUGAGAACUGUAACAUCUAUAUUUUUGAUCACUCUGCUACAGUUACUAUUGAUGACUGUACUAACUGUGUCAUUUUUCUGGGACCGGUGAAAGGCAGUGUGUUUUUCCGGAAUUGCAGAGAUUGCAAGUGUGCAUUAGCCUGCCAACAGUUUCGUGUGCGGGAUUGUAGAAAGCUGGAAGUCUUUUUGUGCUGUGCCACUCAGCCCAUUAUUGAGUCUUCCACGAAUAUCAAGUUUGGCUGUUUUCAAUGGUACUACCCUGAAUUAGCUUUCCAGUUCAAAGAUGCAGGGCUCAGUAUCUUCAAUAAUACCUGGAGUAACAUUCAUGACUUUACACCUGUGUCAGGAGAACUCAAUUGGAGCCUUCUUCCAGAAGAUGCUGUCAUUCAGGACCAUGUUCCUCUACCUACUACCGAAGAGCUCAAAGCUGUCCGCCUUUCCACAGAAGCCAGUAGAAGUAUCGUUCCAGUGUCCCGGGGUCAGAGACAGAAGAACAGUGAUGAGUCAUGCUUAGUGGUAUUAUUUGCUGGUGAUUAUACUAUCGCAAAUGCCAGGAAACUAAUUGAUGAGCUGGUUGGUAAAGGCUUUUUCCUGGUUCAGACAAAGGAGGUAUCAAUGAAAGCUGAAGAUGCUCAAAGGGUUUUUCGGGAAAAAGCACCUGACUUCCUUCCUCUUCUGAACAAAGGUCCUGUUAUUGCCUUGGAGUUCAAUGGAGAUGGCGCUGUAGAAGGAUGUCAACUUAUUGUCAAUGAGAUAUUCAGUGGGACCAAGAUGUUUGUAUCAGAAAGCAAGGAUGCGGCAUCUGGAGAUGUAGACAGCUUCUACAACUUUGCUGAUAUACAAAUGGGAAUAUGAAGUGCGAUGUGGAACAAGGACUUGAUUUUAAGCCCUUUUCAUUUUGUGUAUUAGCAAUGGUUUUUUUUUUACUGAUGCUAUAAUUGUUAAAGUCAUUUUUAAAAUAAAUUUUUGAAUACUGCA